AUGUCAUCUCCUGCAUGUUCAGCCGUAAGCAGCCCAACGAUAUCAGACCAACCAGAUGAUGUUGAAUCAAACCUGUCUGUCCUGUACGAGGAGCGACCAUUGCUGGACUCGACGGACGAAAUUUGGGCACCACCCAAAGGAUUUCUUUGGGUCCAGAUCGCUAUCAUGUCGAAUGUAUUUCUUUCCGGAUUCGAUGGCACCAUCACGGCCUCAACGUACGCUGUGAUUAGCUCGGAAUUCAACGCCGCCAACACUGCGUCGUGGCUCACGACCUCUUAUCUCAUCACUAGCACCGCCUUUCAGCCUCUAUACGGUCGCUUUUCAGAUAUAUUUGGCAGGAGAGUGUCCUUUUUCACCGCCACCAUUACAUUCGUCAUUGGCUGUCUGGGUUGUGGUGUUGCGAGGGAUAUUGUCUUGCUGAAUACGAUGCGGGCGUUGACGGGAAUUGGCGGAGGAGGUCUAAUGACUAUGGCUACAAUUGUCAACUCCGACCUCAUCCCGUUCAGACGUCGGGGCAUGUAUCAAGCUCUGCAAAACGGCAUGCAUGGCUUUGGCUCCAUCUGUGGUGCGUCUUUUGGUGGCUCGAUUGUUGAUACGAUUGGAUGGAGAUGGUGCUUUCUGGUGCAGGUCCCUGUAGGACUGUUCGCAUUGAUCACAGGCCAUCUUGUUCUGCAUCUUCCGCGGCCUAGCCAAACUUUUGGACAAGGGCAGAGUUUUCGGGCGAUCCUGCGACAUGUCGAUAUAUUAGGAGCUCUGCUGCUCAUUCUUGGCCUUUCAAGCCAACUUGUUGGCUUGAGCCUGGGUGGAAAUCAGCUUCCAUGGUCGAGCAUUUGGGUCAUCCUCUCAAUCUUGGCCAGCCUGCUCCUAUUGGGCUUGUUCAUGGUCGUCGAAGCGAAGACGCCGGCAAUUCCUCUGAUCCCGUCGAGAAUGCUCCGCGGGCUCAUGCCCGUAUCCACUCAAAUUGCGAACGUCUGCGUUGGAAUGGCUGCGUAUGCAUUCCUCUUCACUCUCCCGCUCUUAUUCCAGGUAAUACUGCUGGACACGCCUACCAAAGCCGGGGCAAGAUUGGCUAUUCCCUCCUUAGCUACUCCCAUCGGCGGGUUGAUCUCUGGUAUCGUCAUGUCGCGCUGGGGCAAAUUGGCAUUCCUUGUGCGUGCAGGGUGCCUACUGAUGUGCAUUGGAAAUCUGCUCGUGAUGUCUAUCCAAUUCCACGAUGCUGGGUGGAAAUACUUCACCUACGUGAUUCCAGCCAGUCUUGGCCAGGGGAUCGUCUACCCCGGAAUCUUGUUCACGUUUCUCGCUGCAUUUGACCACGCCGGUAAGUUGGGGGCUCUAUCCCAUCGGAAGUUCCGGGCUCAUAACUUCGAUUAG